AUGACGACUGCACCGCUGGUGCCUCACCCUGUCACCGACAGUGGUAUCAAUGGAGGCCCGGGACAUCUGAACGGUCUACCACGCUAUCAUCCCAUCGCCAUGAACCCAAACCCACCUCCACACCCAGCAAUGCCACCACCAGAUCAAAUGGUGCAGAAUCAUCAUUUCCGUCACUUUGCACCGCCGUUGCUGCAUGAUCCUCAUGCUGGGCCCCCACCGGCGCCACCAACCCCGAGCCCGACCUCGUUGGAACAGAUCGAACAGCGUCUGCGGCAAUUGGAACAUGAGGAAAUGAACCGAAUGGCAACGCGCAGCCACAUUCUCGCCGUGCGCAAACGGGAAGAUGAGGAGUUUCGCAGAUUGACCGAGAGUGCAGAGAUGGAGGAAGAGGAUCUUCGACGACAGCGCAAGCGGAUGAAGAGAGAGUCGAUGGGCCUGGGAUCUAACAAUACGGCGGACUCGCCGCCGUUGCGCCCUACACCACCUCGUCGACUAUCAGAGACCAGUGCAGCUACGACACUGGCGUUUUUCAAGCAGCAGAGUCCGCCAGAGCCUCGUCAGACUCCUCUUCCUCCUGCAUCACAGCCACAGCAACAACAAGCGCCUCCUAUGCCCCCACCAGCUCAUCUUCAUCAAGCCCACCCUUCUCACCCACCCCAUCCAUCUCAUCCAUCUCACCAACCACAUGCACCCCAUCCACCUCACCAACCUCAUCAACCUCAUCAUGCGCCCCCUCCCCAACCUCAGCACCAUAUUGUUCACCAUGAUUCUUUGAACGGCCCUGGAUCUAUCCGGCGCAAGCAAAAGUACACUAUCAAGAACGUCGAGGCAUGGGGCGAGCGUCACGGCCGCCCAGCAGCCCACGACCCAUCAGGCCGAGCCCUAUGGAAACGGCCUUCAGACGGCAGCCUAGUGUAUCUGACCUGCCCAAUCUCAGGCUGUGGAAAAUCAGACUUUGUCACUCUCCACGGCUUCAUGUGCCACCUGACCAAGAAACACAAAGACCGCACACUGGGCAGCCAAUCGCGCGCCCUCGAACUCUGCGGUAUCGUCUUUGAUCCCAACUCUCCAUUGCCCCCAGUGACAGCCCACCGUGGCUCGACAGAGAGCGCAACGCCAAUGGACCACGACGGAGACCAAGAUGAGGAUCUGGAGUCCGAUCCCGAAGAAAGCGAGGACUCCCCCGAAUCGUACCGCGUCAAGACUGAAGGAUCCGAACGUCUUGGACUCUCAGAAGUCCAGGACACACCCGGUCCACACGACAUGUCUCCGGUUCCGGUCCAAAAACCCGUACUGAACGGUUCAGUCAAACAAUCCAUUUCGUCCAUAAUCGACCGAACCCCCGAACCAGAGCCUAGAGAAGCUCUGGCUUCCCUCGCGCCUUCUGAGCCCGUUUCCCAAAAUCACACACCCAUCUUGGAACAGACGGUGCCCGUGAAGCGGAAAUUCGAAUACUCGCCUGAGAAAGAGAACACAGAACCGAAGGAGGGAUCUGCGACUGAGUAA